AUGACAGAACUGACUGAGGAUGCCGACUACGAUGCCGUCGAAACGUUUGAGAAUGUACCAAUUCCACUGUUUGAUACUGGUAAUCAUGACAACUACUAUGGCAGACGAAUUCGGACUAGGUGCGUUCUACGUAGUCGCCCUGACAACAACGAGGUCAAACCACUUCUAUAA